AUGCAGAGCAUCAAGUGCGUGGUGGUGGGGGACGGGGCGGUGGGCAAGACCUGCCUGCUGAUCUGCUACACCACCAGGGCCUUCCCCCGCGAGUACAUCCCCACCGUCUUCGACAACUACAGCGCCCAGACCACGGUGGACGGCCGGACCCUCAGCCUCAACCUGUGGGACACGGCCGGCCAGGAGGAGUACGACCGCCUCCGGACCCUCUCCUACCCCCAGACCAACGUCUUCCUCAUCUGCUUCUCGGUGGCCAGCCCCCCCUCCUACGAGAACGUCAAGCACAAGUGGUACCCCGAGGUGUGCCACCACUGCCCCAGCGUCCCCGUCCUGCUGGUGGGCACCAAGAAGGACCUCAGGCACGACCCCGAGGCCCUGAGGAAGCUGAAGGAGCAGAACCAGGCUCCCAUCAGCACCCAGCAGGGCCUCAGCCUCUGCAGGCAGAUCAGGGCGGUCAAGUACCUGGAGUGCUCUGCCCUCAACCAGGAGGGCAUCAAAGAGGUCUUCACCGAGGCCGUCAGGGCCGUGCUCAACCCCAGCCCGGCCAAGACCAAGAGGUCCUGCGUCCUCCUCUGA